AUGGCCCGGCGGGGCAGACCGAAACAAAACGGGGCGGGGGGAGACAGCUUGGACGUUGCCGUGGCAACCAAGGGGAACCCACCCCGAAGCAGCUCCAAGGCCCUUCCCCCCGCGGGCUCCGGGGGUCCGAGCGCCCCCUCCGCGCCCCCCGCGCCCGCGGGUGCCGGCCGCCCCGGGGCCAUGGGGGAGCCGCCGGGCUGCUGCGAGCGGGUGGCCAUCAACGUGGCCGGGAGGCGCUUCGAGACCCUGGGCCGGACCCUGCACCGCUUCCCGGAGACGCUGCUGGGGGACCCCCGGCGCCGCCGCCCCUACUUCGACCCCCGCCGCAGGGAGUACUUCUUCGACCGCCACCGGGGCGCCUUCGGCGCCGUCCUCUACUACUACCAGUCCGGGGGGCGGCUGCGGCGCCCGCCCGACGUCCCCUUGGACGUCUUCCUGGAGGAGCUGAGGUUCUACCAGCUGGGCGAGGAGGCCGAGGAGAGGCUGAGGGAGGCCGAGGGCCUGGCGGCCGAGGCGGCGCCGGCCCUGCCCCGCGGCCGGCUGAGGCGCAGGGCCUGGCUGCUGUGCGAGCACCCCGAGAGCUCCCCCGCCGCCAGGGCCGUGGCCCUGCUCUCCGUCGUGGUCAUCCUGGUGUCCAUCGUCGUCUUCUGCCUGGAGACCCUCCCCCAGUUUAAGGCCGGAGGGGAAGGGGCGGCGCAGGUGAGGGAGGGGGCGCUGGAGGUCCUGGAGGUGGAGAGCCCUUCCCCUUCUCCCCCCAACUCCUCCUCCCCUUCCCUGCCUCCCUCCCGCUGGGCAGGAGGAGGAGAAGGAGGAGGACGAGGGGGAGGCCUCUGGGACCCUUUCUUCGUGGUGGAGACCCUCUGCAUCUGCUGGUUCUCCCUGGAGCUCCUGGUGCGGCUCCUGGCCAGCCCCAGCAAGGUCUCCUUCUUCCGCAACGCCAUGAACCUGAUCGACCUGGUGGCCAUCGCGCCCUACUUCGUGGCCCUGGGCACGGAGCUGGCGCGGCAGGGGGGCGUGGGGCAGCCGGCCAUGUCCCUGGCCAUCCUGCGGGUGAUCCGGCUGGUCAGGGUGUUCCGGGUGUUCAAGCUCUCCAGGCACUCCACCGGGCUGCAGAUCCUGGGCCAGACGCUGCGGGCCAGCAUGCGGGAGCUGGGGCUGCUCAUCUUCUUCCUCCUCAUCGGCGUCGUCCUCUUCUCCAGCGCCGUCUACUUCGCCGAGGCCGAGGACGCCUCCACCACCUUCACCUCCAUCCCCCAGGCCUUCUGGUGGGCGGUGGUCACCAUGACCACGGUGGGCUACGGGGACAUGGCGCCGGUGACGGUGGGGGGCAGGCUGGUGGGGUCGCUGUGCGCCAUCGCCGGGGUCCUCACCAUCUCCCUCCCCGUGCCGGUCAUCGUCUCCAACUUCAGCUACUUCUACCGCCGGGAGCUCCGCGGGGGAGAGGGAGGGGAGUACAGCCCAGCCCCCCCUUGCCCGUACCACUCCCACCCCCCCCCGAGCCCUCCCGAGACCCCCAAAGGGGGGGGGGAGUGGGUGGAUGGGGAGGCUGGAGGGGGGGGGAGAGGGUGGGAGGGGAGGUUGGUGACUGAGGUGUGAGAAAAGGAGAGGGGGCCA